AUGGUAGUCUCGAGAGAGUUUGUGGCCCCUCUCAUCUCCGGGGAGGGCUCGGUGCCCGAUGGAGGUGCAGUGCAGCAGCCAGCGCAUAGCAGAGCUCCUGUAGAACUGAAGACAUUAGCAGGAGCAGCGGCUCAGCACAGGAAAGUUAUCCAGUGCCCUGCCCAGGCUUGCUCUAGGUUCAGGUCCGGUGAACUGUUAUCCAAUUGCCAACAGUUGAAUUGUCAGUAUAAAUGUACAAUGGUCGGAAAUAGUACAAGAUGUUACUGUGAGAAUGGAUUCGAAAUAAAAGAAGAUGGGAGAAGCUGUAAAGAUCAAGAUGAAUGUGCUGUUUAUGGUACAUGCAGCCAGACCUGCAGAAAUACACAUGGAUCCUACACCUGCAGUUGUGUGGAAGGCUACCUAAUGCAGUCAGACAACAGGUCUUGCAAAGCUAAAAUUGAACCUACAGAUAGACCACCUAUACUAUUAAUUGCAAAUUUUGAAACAAUUGAAAUUUUCUAUCUUAAUGGAAGUAAAAUGGCAACUCUAAGCUCAGUCAAUGGAAAUGAAAUUCAUGCUCUGGAUUUUAUUUAUAAUGAAGAUACGAUUUGUUGGAUUGAAUCAAGAGAAUCUUCAAAUCAACUCAAAUGUAUCCAGAUAACAAAAGCAGGAGGAUUAACAGAUGAAUGGACAAUCAAUAUUCUUCAAUCCUUCCACAAUGUUCAGCAAAUGGCGAUUGACUGGCUGACCCGAAAUCUCUAUUUUGUGGACCAUGUCAGUGACCGGAUCUUUGUAUGUAAUUACAACGGUUCUGUAUGUAUCACCCUGAUUGAUCUGGAGCUUCACAAUCCUAAAGCAAUAGCAGUAGAUCCAAUAGCAGGAAAACUUUUCUUUACUGACUACGGGAAUGUCGCCAAAGUGGAGAGAUGUGACAUGGAUGGGAUGAACAGAACAAGGAUAAUUGAUUCAAAGACAGAGCAGCCAGCUGCACUGGCACUAGACCUAGUCAACAAAUUGGUUUACUGGGUAGAUCUUUACUUGGACUAUGUGGGAGUAGUGGACUAUCAAGGAAAAAAUAGACAUGCUAUCAUUCAAGGCAGACAAGUCAGACAUCUUUAUGGUAUAACUGUGUUCGAAGAUUAUUUGUAUGCAACCAAUUCUGAUAACUACAAUAUCAUAAGGAUAAACCGAUUUAAUGGCACUGAUAUUCACUCAUUAAUUAAAAUGGAGAAUGCUCGGGGAAUCCGAAUUUAUCAGAAAAGAACUCAACCGACAGUCAGAAGCCAUGCAUGUGAAGUCGAUCCAUAUGGAAUGCCAGGGGGCUGUUCACACAUCUGUCUACUCAGCAGCAGUUACAAAACUCGGACCUGUCGCUGCAGGACUGGCUUCAACUUGGGAAGCGAUGGCAGGUCAUGCAAAAGACCAAAGAAUGAGUUGUUCCUCUUUUAUGGGAAAGGACGCCCAGGAAUUGUUAGAGGAAUGGACUUGAAUACCAAGAUAGCUGAUGAAUACAUGAUCCCCAUAGAAAAUCUGGUAAACCCUCGUGCUUUAGACUUUCAUGCAGAAACCAAUUACAUCUACUUUGCUGACACCACCAGUUUCCUAAUUGGCCGGCAGAAGAUAGAUGGCACAGAACGAGAAACCAUCCUGAAAGAUGAUCUGGAUAAUGUAGAGGGCAUUGCUGUGGACUGGAUUGGAAAUAAUCUUUACUGGACCAACGAUGGCCAUAGGAAAACCAUUAAUGUGGCCAGGCUGGAAAAAGCUUCUCAGAGUCGGAAGACUCUUUUAGAGGGUGAAAUGUCUCAUCCCAGAGGAAUUGUGGUGGAUCCAAUUAAUGGUUGGAUGUAUUGGACAGACUGGGAGGAAGAUGAAAUAGAUGACAGCGUGGGAAGGAUUGAGAAGGCCUGGAUGGAUGGAUUCAAUCGGCAGAUUUUUGUGACUUCAAAGAUGCUGUGGCCAAAUGGUUUAACUCUGGACUUUCACACCAACACAUUAUACUGGUGUGAUGCCUAUUACGAUCAUAUUGAAAAAGUGUUUUUGAAUGGAACUCACAGGAAGGUUGUUUACAGUGGGAGAGAGCUGAACCACCCUUUUGGACUGUCGCAUCAUGGAAAUUAUGUGUUCUGGACAGAUUAUAUGAAUGGUUCCAUUUUUCAACUCGACUUGAUAACGAGUGAGGUGACAUUGCUGAGGCAUGAAAGACCACCCCUAUUUGGGCUUCAGAUUUAUGAUCCACGAAAGCAACAAGGUGACAAUAUGUGUCGAGUAAAUAAUGGGGGCUGUAGUACGCUUUGCUUGGCUAUCCCAGGAGGCCGGGUGUGUGCUUGUGCUGAUAAUCAACUUUUGGAUGAAAAUGGGACAACUUGCACAUUUAACCCUGGAGAAGCACUACCUCGCAUAUGUAAAGCUGGAGAAUUUCGCUGCAAAAACAGACACUGUAUCCAAGCUCGGUGGAAAUGUGAUGGCGACGAUGAUUGCCUAGACGGAAGCGAUGAGGACUCAGUAAACUGCUCCAGAACAUGCCAGGUAGACCAGUUUUCUUGCGGAAAUGGGCGUUGCAUUCCCAGAGCAUGGCUGUGUGACAGGGAAGACGACUGUGGUGACCAGACAGAUGAAAUGGCGUCUUGUGAAUUCCCAACUUGUGAGCCACUAACACAAUUUGUAUGCAAAAGUGGAAGAUGCAUUAGCAGCAAAUGGCACUGCGACUCUGAUGACGACUGUGGGGACGGGAGUGAUGAGGUGGGCUGUGUUCACUCUUGCUUUGAUAAUCAGUUCAGAUGUUCCAGUGGCAGAUGCAUCCCAGGCCAUUGGGCCUGUGAUGGUGACAAUGACUGUGGUGACUUCAGUGAUGAAGCCCAGAUCAAUUGUACCAAAGAAGAGAUUCAUUCUCCUGCUGGUUGUAAUGGAAAUGAAUUUCAGUGCCACCCUGAUGGUAACUGCAUUCCUGAUCUGUGGCGCUGUGAUGGAGAAAAAGAUUGUGAAGAUGGUAGUGAUGAAAAAGGCUGCAAUGGUACCAUACGAUUGUGUGACCACAAAACCAAGUUUUCCUGUUGGAGUACAGAUGAAUGUUCGCUGAACAAUGGAGGCUGUAGCAACCACUGUUCUGUUGUUCCUGGAAGAGGAAUUGUCUGUUCCUGCCCUGAAGGACUUCAACUCAACAAAGACAAUAAAACAUGUGAAAUUGUGGAUUACUGUAGCAACCAUCUAAAGUGCAGCCAAGUGUGUGAGCAGCACAAGCACACAGUUAAGUGCUCAUGUUAUGAAGGUUGGAAGCUGGAUGUAGAUGGUGAAAGUUGUACAAGUGUUGAUCCUUUUGAAGCAUUCAUCAUCUUUUCUAUUCGUCAUGAGAUCAGAAGGAUUGAUCUUCACAAAAGAGACUAUAGUCUACUUGUUCCUGGAUUGAGAAACACAAUAGCACUUGAUUUUCACUUCAAUCAAAGUUUACUUUAUUGGACAGAUGUUGUAGAAGACAGAAUAUACCGGGGAAAGCUUUCUGAAAGUGGAGGUGUCAGUGCCAUUGAAGUGGUUGUGGAGCAUGGCCUGGCUACUCCAGAAGGCCUGACAGUCGACUGGAUAGCAGGAAACAUAUACUGGAUAGACAGCAAUCUGGACCAAAUCGAGGUGGCUAAACUAGAUGGCUCCCUAAGAACUACACUAAUAGCAGGAGCCAUGGAACACCCCAGGGCCAUUGCUUUGGACCCAAGAUAUGGGUAA